UUUUAAUUUAAGUUUGACAGGUGACAGUAUGGUCAUAAGUAUAGAAAUAUUGGAAAUAGAAAUAUUUCAAGAAUAAGCAUGGUUGUAUGUAAAUUUUUCCUUCAGGGAACUUGUAAAUUUGGGGAUUUUUGCAAAUUUGAACAUCAAUUAAACGAUAACUAUACGAAUUUUCAAAACUCAACACCAAUACUAAGACAGUCUCAUUUUGGUAAUACCCAACAGCAAGCCAAACCUACCACAAAUCCUUCUAAUGUAGACACGAGUACUUUGGUCAAAUCUGUAGUAAAUGACAUGACAGUAGCGGAAAAAGGAGGCCAGUGGUUAUUAUCCUGCUAUGCUCCUUUCAAAGAAAAGCCUGCAUUUCCCAGUUUUGAAGAUCACAGCUUUGAGGAAAUUCGUUUGGGUUACUACGAAGCAGUAAAGAAUGGAACUCUCGAGCAAUUUAAGCAACAAGUACAAAUGAUGCUUCAACAAGCUGUAAUGAGGAUGAAAUCCUUGCAGUCACCAUCACCGGAUAUCGUCAACAUUUUAAAAUGCAUUUAUAAUACUCCUCCUUCCUCAUACUGUGGUGUAUACGGAAGUAACCCUGCCACCACAACCACUGCAUUCAAUAAUACAGCCAACACGUCUGGAGCUUUUAAUCAACAGCAAACAUCUUUUGGACAACAACCUACUUCUUCGGUGUUCCCCCAAUCUAAUCAAAACAUCUUUGCCAAGCCCACACAACCGCAAAAUCAAUUUGGUGGUGCGUCAAGUAUCUUCGGUGGUGGCGCAUCUCAAAACCAAGCAUUCAAAGGGCAGAGUAAUUCGAUUUUUCCAAACACUCAGACGCAGAUCGCUACUGAUAACAUUUUUCGUCACGCCAGUGGUAAUUUUGCAACUCAAGGUAGUAAUUCCUUAUUUGGGGGCCAGCCAACUACAACACAAGCCGGUACCAGCCCAGCUUUCGCUGGCCUACAGUCUACAAACGGCCCGAUGUUCAGUGGCGGGCAAUCUGCCGGGGGCUCGAUUUUUGGAGGUCAAGUGAACAAUUCUAUUUUUGGCGGGCAACAAAACGUUUCUCCUACAUAUGGUUCACAAACACAACCAAAUAGUGGCAAUGUUUUCAACAAUUCUUUUCCUAAUCAAAACGCUAAUAAUGCUUUUGGGCAGAGCAUCUUUGGUGUCUCCAAUGCUCAAGCCACUGUUCAAAACAUGCCUCAACAGGGGUCGGCAAAUAUUUUUGGAAUAGGGGCUAACCAACCUCAAAAUGCACAAAAAUCAAUGUUUGCCCAGCAACAACCUAUCUUUGCCCAACAGAAUGCCGGGACGGUUUUCAAUCAACAAGCGACUAGUCCUCCAUUUCGCCAGACGUCUUCCAGUGUUACAGAUGCGAAAAGUCAUUCUAAUAGUAUUUUUGGAAGCGGUCAGAACACUGUUAUUUCAAAUCCACAAUUCGGUCAAGUUCAGCAGGUUGACGAAUCCAUUUAUUCUAAAUUGGAAGAUUUAACCGAAGACGAGGUCAAGUGGUUUAACAGCGACGAUUUAGAUGUUUCGAAUAUACCAGAGAAACCUCCCACUUAUCAAAUGUGUUUUAAAACGUAAUGGAUUAAACGAUAUUAUUUAAUACGAUUUAUUCAAGUUUGUGAUAUAAUCUUUGCUGUACUCGUUUAGCAUUUUACAUUUAUAUUAAUAAAGUGUAGCAUGUUUGAAUUA